AUGGCUCGGGUCGUCGGUCCGGCGAGGGCAGGCAAGGCGUUGCGGGCGCUUCGAGCGCUGCGGGAGCUGCAGGAGCUCCUGGCCCACCGCCACUCGAGCGGGCAUGGCGGAUCGGCGGACGCUUCGUCGGCCAUUUAUCGCAAGCUGGUCGAGGCCAUGCAUAAUGUGGCUGCAGCCGAUCCUGGUCCCGCAGGCCCGGGUCUUGGCGGCGUGGCGGAUGAGCAUGAGCUCAGCGGUGUUUGGGGCGAGAGCGACGGUGAUGAUAACUACGUGGCGAUGUUUGGCUUUGCGCUCCCGCCAGACGAGGUCCGGGCGCCGCGGGUCUCGUUUGUGCGACAGGCUUCGGGCUCGGGCGGCGAGCCAGGGCUACGGUUUGGCGACUCUGUGGCUUCGCUGGGGGCGACAAUGGAGCGGUCGAUGACGUCUGAUGGCGGCGGCGAGGGUGAGGGGCAGGGUGGGGCUGGCGACGACGACGACGAUGAGCUCCUCGCGGAAGAAAUGCUGCGGCGAGUGGAGGACGAGGUAGACGCUGAGUUUGCCGGCCUCGACUUUGACGACACUGACUUUGUGACGCAGCUCCGGCAGCGGCAGUUUCGGCUGGCGCAGCGCGAGCGCGAGCUUGGACGCAAGCGGGCAGCAUACCACUCGCAUCGCGCGGAUGUGGAGGCCAAGGCGCGGCGGUCGGUUCGGCGGAUGGCGGUCGACCAGGUUAUGCACGCGUCGGUCGACUAUGGGCCAGAGUCGGUGACCGGGCCGAACCGCAAGCCGUGGCGGUUCUACGCCAAGAACUACGACUUUCCAGUCUCGUACCCGGACGUUGGAUCGCAGCGCCGCGAGUACGAUGCCAAGAAGAUGCGGUUUAAGCCGAUUCCGCUGCCGUGGGACCACUGGGACAAGAAGCUCAAGUAUGUGCAGGACACGUACGCCGAGUCGGUCAAGGAGGAGCAGCGCGCCAACGAGUCGCGGUGGCGCGGUGCUAGCGGAAGCAAGCACGGGACUCGUCGGCGAGCCGCGGGGAAGGCCAAGGCCACCGCUGGCGGCGGCGACCCGGUUGUCGGCGAUGGUGGUGGUGGCGGUGGCGGCGGCGGCGGUGGCGAGCGGCUGUACGAACUCUCGACUAGCGAGCGGAGCGAGGUCAGCGCCAUCUUCAACCUGUUUGACUCGGACCACGACGGUCGGAUCUCGAUCUCAGAGCUGCGAUCGCUCAUCGACGACACGGUGGAGCAGUACCCGCGACUGUGGGAGCUCAUCCGGCGGGUCCGCUACCGGCGGAUGCGCAAGCAGCAGCGGCAAGAGUAUCUGCGCGAGCGCGAGCUGGCGGCGGAGGACCCGAGCGACCGAUCCAAUCACGCGUGA